AUGCUAGCGACAACGGUAGUCGAAGUCUCUGCCCAUCUAAACAUAAUCCCUUUGGAUGGUAUCACCCCCGCCUCAAAGACACGAGUUUUCCUCUUCCCCAAACCGCACCCAGUCUCCCCAAAACCUGAAGUCAACACCGACACUCAUCCUAAUGCACCGACGAUAUGUCCCACAUUAAUCCGCCUGAAGGCAGAGGAAAUCAUGAAUAUUGUGGAGCGCUAUGGCUCCCAUGAGCGCACAACCGCAGCCGGAGAAUGGCUGGGGCGGUCAUCGUUUAUGCCACGCGUGCAGACACAUGUCGCAGCCAACAGGGCGAUUCCGAUGGUUCUACCUGCUUUUCCUAUGAAAAGUAACAAUCGCAUGGACAAGGUGCUAGGUGCGCUUCCGGAUUUGGGGGAUGAGCUUGGGUUGGGGCGGUUGGUGAAUCUUUGUCGGGAUAUUAAGGCUGUCUACCCGUCUGGUGCAGUUGUGGUUAUUGUUACGGACGGGAUUUGCUAUAAUGGUGAGAUCAAAUCUCCUGUUAAUUUGGAUCUUACGGGGAUUUCUGAUGAAGAGGUCUGGGAAUAUGGGAAUCAACUGCGGAAGAUUGCUGUUGGGAAAGGAUAUGCUUGUAUUCAAUUUCAUCGUAUCAUGAAUAUGCUGGGUCUUUAUACUGGUGCCCAGAUUUCCAAAUCAGAUUAUGUGAAGCUCUGCGGUUUGUCGAGGACUGAGCUUCAUCAACGGUGUGGACGACCAGGCUUUGAUGUUGAUAAGUUUUUGAAAAGUGACGAGGAUUAUCUGAGAACGUAUAAUGGAUACGACAAGUUCAUGAAAGUCGAUCUGAAAUUCAGCCCAGUGACCAGGGAUUGUGCGGGUCCCAAACAAUAUAAGAAGAGGAUCAAGUCUAUUGCAAAAUCUAUGAUAGUCCGCGGAGUGGAGUACGCAGAGCUAGUACGCCAAAUUUAUCCCGACUCACUGCGGCUCUCCAUCCAUCCCUCAUCGGGACAGACAAAGCUGUCCUGUGCACUUAUUCCGCAGAAGAAUUCGUUCUCUAUGAGUCCUUGGCACUGUAGUGUCGCAGUGACAACUGCAGGGGAAUUCAUAACAGCCCACCAAUCCGCACAUCGGCAGAAGUUUGACCUCAUUAAGAAAGAUGGUCAACCGUAUCUCUUCCGUGAGAGCUCGCCACUCUUCGAUUGGGAUGCCAGGGUCAAUUUUGAGCAUCAUUACGGGCAAAACUUGGUUAUUAUUGCACAGAAAAAGAUUGAUCAACAACUAUCUGACUCAGAUUUGGACAAGUUGGCACUUUUGGCAAUCCGACACAAGAGUGUGUCCUUUAUCUCUCUAUAA